UUGUCUCUAUUAAGCCCAUGACAAUUAAGCAGAAUGCCUUUCACACUAGUUCAGCUGUGAGAGAAGUCAUGAAGGAAGAAGUUGACAGUGCUGUGCAGAGCUGGUAUUUCAUAUUGUACCUGUAAUGAACACCACAUCCUCUAGUGGGCGAUAGCAGGGAUUUACUCUGUUGCUUCAACAUAUAAAAACAGUCAAAAACAAUUUAUUCCUCAAUAUGGAGCACAUGUAUUCUCAAAAGUGUUUCAACAUAUUUGAUGUCCUUAUGCAGUCCUGACAACAGACAACAGUGGAGAGGAUGUUUUGGCACCACUUUCUAAUAAGGCAUCCUCUAUAAGUGGAUCAUAAGCUGUAACUAAUGGCUUUGUUAAUAGUCAAUAAAUAUAGAUCAUUUAUUAGCCAUUAAUAAGAACAACCCUUGGUUUGCUAGGUUUGUGAGUGAUCCCUAUGACUGGUUUUUCCUCCUUCAGCAUUAUACGUGCUUUGAAUUUCUUACUCUUUAGUUUGUCAGACAGAUGCCUCUGUUGGCCGGUUUGACCUCUGACUUUGAGGAAAAUGGUUGCAGCGCAUCUGGAGAAAACACAUUCACAAAAAACUCAAUAACAUUUACAUCUGUAGACUUUAAUCAUUUAAGAUCUCUUUAUUAAUGACUUGUUGACCUUUCUGAUUAGAGACUACUUACAAACUUUUGCUGUUAGCUCGAGAGAAAGUGAGAAACACUUUAACAUUUAUUAAUGACUUCUAUCUGUAGAUUUGAAUGUAGUUAUAUUUUAUUAUCAACUUUAAUAACCACAGGUUUAGAGAUUUUUCACAUUCCUAUUAAUUAAGUAAGAAAUUGUAUAUAAAAUAACCAGUUACUAGAGCUUAUAAAGCCUUUGUAAAGCUAGAGUUGUUAGAAAUUGAUACCAGAUUUAUUUCUGAUCGCAUUACCUCUUUUGUUGAAGAAUAACCCUAUAAAUGAUCCAUUUGCUUCCUGCAGACAAUCCGACGUCCCAAAACCUAGAGUGAGCUGUCAAAGUUAAGGGUGUGACAGAGUGCCAAAGAAAAGUACAAAGGAAUGAUAGUGCAGAAGGAAUAACAGAAACUUCUGUGGAAAGUGGAGGGAGAGGCUGGAAAAACCUGUCAUCACUGCAUCACUGCAGAUAAAAACACAGAUCUGUCCUCCAUGUGGAUGCCAAUACACCAGGCCAGGACAGGACACACUGAGACAGAGUCCAAACCUCUGUAACAAACAGAGGUUUAAACAUUUUGUUCUUCUGUACUGUAAGUAUAAUAGGUAUUAACUUGUACUUAGGUGGAUUCCCCAUGUUGUGUGGUGUCUCAGUGCAGUAGAGUAUGACUUACUGUUUGGUUGCGAUUAGACUCACCGAGCACUUUAUUAAGAACACCUGUAUACAUGCUCCUUGAUGCAGUUAUCCAAUCAACCAGUCAUGUAGCAGCAGUGCAGUUCAGUUAAUGUUCACAUCAAACAUCAGAAUGGGGGGAAAAACCAUGGCAUGAUUGUUGGUGUCAGACAGGCUGGCUUGAGUAUUUCUGAAACUGGGAUUUUCAUACACAACAGUUUCUAGAGUUCACUCAGAAUAGUGCCAGAAUAGUGUAAUUGCUUUGGUGACUUACUGUCUUUAUUUGAUCAUGUCAGAGUUGAUUAAGAGAUGGAGGAAUAUCUAGUAAACAGCCAAAUAAACACCAGCAACAAAAUGUGUUCAUCACAAGAGAAACAGACCUGCAAAAACCUCAAAAGAACUUAUGAUGCAGCUGAGGAGAGUUUCAACGGAAGACAGGAUAAGCAUCAGCCUACCCACACUGUAGAGAAUCUACAUCAGUGUGACCACUGCGAGAAGAGUUUCAGGCUGUCACAGAAUUUGAAAGUUCAUCAGCGUAUCCACACCGGAGAAAAGCCUUACCUCUGUGACCAGUGUGGGAAGAGUUUCAUGAAGUCAGAUUCCUUGAAAGUUCAUCAGCGUAUCCACACCGGAGAAAAACCUUACCUCUGUGACCAGUGUGGGAAGAGUUUCAUGAAGUCAGAUUCCUUGAAAGUUCAUCAGCGUAUCCACACCGGAGAAAAACCUUACCUCUGUGACCACUGUGAGAAGAGUUUCAGGCUGUCACAGAAUUUGAAAGUUCAUCAGCGUAUCCACACCGGAGAAAAGCCUUACCUCUGUGACCAGUGUGGGAAGAGUUUCACGCAGUCAAAGGAUUUGAAAGCUCAUCAACGUAUCCACACUGGAGAAAAACCUUACAUCUGUGACCAGUGUGGGAAGAGUUUCACGCAGUCAAAGGAUUUGAAAGCUCAUCAGUGUAUCCACACUGGAGAAAAGCCUUACGUCUGUGACCAGUGUGGGAAGAGUUUCACGCAGUCAAAGGAUUUGAAAGCUCAUCAGUGUAUCCACACUGGAGAAAAGCCUUACGUCUGUGACCAGUGUGGGAAGAGUUUCACACAGUCACAGAAUUUGAAGGUUCAUCAGCGUAUCCACACCGGAGAAAAGCCUUACCUCUGUGACCAGUGUGGGAAGAGUUUCAGUGUGUUACAGAAUUUGAAGGUUCAUCUGUGUAUCCACACUGGAGAAAAGCCUUACGUCUGUGACCACUGUGGGAAGAGUUUCACGCAGUCAAAGAAUUUAAAAGCUCAUCAGCGUAUCCACACUGGCGAGAAGCCUUAUGUUUGUGACCAGUGUGGGAAGAGUUUCACGCAGUCAAAGAAUUUAAAAGCUCAUCAACGUAUCCACACUGGAGAAAAGCCUUACGUCUGUGACCAGUGUGGGAAGAGUUUCAUGAGGUCAGACUCCUUGAAGAUUCAUCAGCAUAUCCACACUGGAGAAAAGCCUUACCUCUGUGACCAGUGUGGGAAGAGUUUCACACACUCACAGAAUUUGAAGGUUCAUCAGCAUUUCCACACUACACUAGAAACAACAGUGUAAUAACACAGUGUAGAACCUAUAUCUGAACUGUAUGUAAAGUAAAAGUAAAGUAAAAAGUAAAGUAGCAGUUAAAAGAUGAUGUGUGGUUUGUAAAAGUCAUAAAACAACAAAAAAAUUAUAUUUGUAUGUAUGAAGCUUAUGUUGUCAAACUUGUUUUGUUUCACCUCCACUGUGAAAGCUACACAUACACUUACACAUGAUACACAUGCAAACACAUACAAAGUUCCCAUGGUGGUACCUUAUUAUAGCAAUACACAGACAUGGUGAAACAUGGUGAAACCUACCAUUGUGAGUAUUUCUAAAAGGCAAAGAGGAUGCACCCAUGCUGGCAGCUCUGUGACACUGUUCUUAGUUAUGAUGGUGUUUUGAUCUAGAUUCUAAUAUUAGCAUGCUAUUAUGCUCACAAUUACAAUGUUAAUUUGUUAAUGUUAAGGUAUAAUUUCUAUCAUGUUCACCAUCUUGAUUUAGCAUGCUAGCAUGCUAACAUUUCCAAAUUAGCAUUAAAUGCAAAGUUCAGCUGAGGAUGAUUUGAAUACCCUGUAGCAAAGUGUGAACAGACUGACCCUCAGACCCACAAUGCUAAUUUCACCUCAUCAUUAUUUAGUGGAAGCCCACUGCAUGUCUAGUUGUCUCGGACUGCAGACACGUACAAAAUGUCUACCUGUUUAACAGUAUGCUCACCCAGAUGUUACACAAUAUUUUGUAGCAUUAGACAUGUAUACAGUAUGACACAUUGCCAAGACACAUUGGCUGUCCUCAAAAAAUGACUCCAUGUAUAGUUAACUAUCUACACAACCUCACACUGAAUAGCAGACGUGUAAGUGCCCAUGAGUUGGCACAAGGAUUUUCUGUGGAAAAUGAUGUUUCAACAACUGAUCAGGCAGUGAUACAGUUAUUGUAUCCAGUCAAAGACAACAUACAUGAAGAAAACCACUACUCAAAAAGCUGCAGUGUUAAACUCCUUGUGUCAUCCAUCCAUUAUCUAUACUGCUUAUCCUUGAGGGUCAUGGUGGGGCUGGAACCAGUCCCAGCUCAUACUGGGAAAGAGGUGGGGUACCCUGGACAGAUCGCCAGUCCAUCAUAUGUCUGACAUAUAGAGACAAACAACCAUUCACACUCACAUUCACACCUAUGAGUAAUUUAAAGUCACCGGUUAACCUAACCUGCAUGUCUUUGGACUGUGGGAAGAGGAAGAACAUGCAAACUCCACACAGAAAAACCCAAGGUGAACCAGGAUUCGAACCCAGAACCUUCUUGCUGUGAGGCAACAGUGCUAACCACUGAGACCCUCAGUCAGUGAAUGUAAUAUGAUAAAAUUUCUAUCCAAAUGUGCAAAAGAGAAUCUACACAUUAUUGUCUUUAUUAUUAUACAUACACAGUUAUUUUGGGUUUUGCCCAUAGACCGUAUACAUACACAUAUACACAUACAUGUAUACAUGUACUUUUUAAUGAGUCUCUUGUUAGUUAUACAACUGUUAUACAAUACAUAAUGACUAGAGCGCUGUUUUAACAAAGUUACUGAAAUUGAAGAUAUUAAAUGGUAAAAAUAUCAGCAGAUUCAGAACAAAAAUAACUAAGGCAAACAAAUCUCUUUCUCUCUCUCUCUCUCUCUCUCUCUCUCGCUCUCUCGCUCCCUCUCUCUCUCUUUGUGCGUGAACCUCUCUGUCUCUUUCUCUCUCUGCAUUCCUAAUG